UGAAGUCACAGGAUCUCAGACCGGAAGUAGUAGUAGAAGACGAAGAAGAAGAAGCCGAGCGGCCGCUGGAGUUGUUGUUGUUGUUGUUGUUGUUGUUGUUGUUGUUUUCACUGACGGACCGUUUUACACUCACCUGUCGAACAGGUGCGACCAGAGCCCGCGUCAUGGCUCUGAUCUCUCUGGAAGACCUCGAGGGAUUGGACGACGAGCAGCUGGACGAUGACAUCACCGACAACCCCGAGCCAAUGGAUGAAGAGGAGGGAGACCGGCUGCUGAGCCACUGGCAGGCCGUUGCCAGCGCCCACCAGGUGUCAGUUCCUGCAGAAAUGACUGGACCCAUACAGGAAAUGACACGCAACAGCACGCAGAGGGAGCCCCUCCCCUUCACCACCAUCUCCUGUCAUGAGAAGAUGGGGGAGGUUCUGUUCGAGGAGCGGGUCUACCCGGCGGGUCACUGGGCCUGUGUGACCCGAGGAGAGAAGCUGUAUGAGCAGAGCAUCUCCAUGGGCUUCAUGAAGCUGAUGCGCUUCAUCUGCAAGGAGAACUCUGCAGGUCGGUUCCUGGGAAUGACGGUUCCGGUCAUCAGCAACGUCCACAUGCUGGACGACGGAAACUCGUUCGAGAAGGACGUGGAGACGGCAUUCUACCUGCCGGCCGAGUUCCAGAACAACCCGCCGCAGUCCUCGGACUCUGAUGUCACCAUCGUCUACCGGGAGCCAAUUAGAGUCUUCGCCAGGACGUUCUUCGGAACGACCAAUGAGGAGACGGUGAGUCAUCAGAUCCACCUGCUGUGGGAGAUCCUCGGUCUCCGUGGCGACCUGCAUAGCGACCGCUACAUCGUCGCCGCCUACGAGAAUCCCGGUGUUCCGCGGCGCCGCAACGAGAUCUGGUUCAUCAGACGCGACCUGUAGGCUCCUCCCACCAUGCUCUGAUUGGCUGCUUAGUUCUGUCCACUCUCAUGGUUCCCACAGCUCUGGCUAAUCAGGUGACACUAAGCCCCACCCCUCUUAUUGUCUCACCUUCUGAUUGGCUGUGAUGUGUGACAGAGGGAUGCCUGAUUGGUCAGUUUUUCUUUUAAGUUUAGUGGCUGAAACUGAUAGAUCUGGUUAAUGAUUGAUCUAUCAGUCUGAGCUGUUCACUCUUUAUGCUAACAGCUAGCUGUACAGUCAUUAGCUCGUCAUGUUGCUGCAAGGACAGAACAAUGCAGCAACUCAACGUUCAUUCACAGAGGCGUUCUGAAUGGAGGCUCCGCCCAGGUGCUCUCUGUGAAUAAACGCUGAGUGCUCCUUUAAAUGAGUGUUUUAUUAUCAGCAUGUUUUUGAAUCAGAAAGUUUAGAGCCUGUUUGUGCAGCACUGAGCAUGUGCAGACUGGAGUCUUGUCUUUCCUCCUCAGCCAAUAGGAAGCCUCCUCGUUCCUGAAAUAGUUUUUAAAAUAUUCGGCUCCAGAAUGUUUGUCUGAAAUUAAAACAGAACCAGACUCUACUGGUGGAUGCAGUCUGAACCCGCUUCCUUUAACUGAUUAAUAAUGUGUUGCUGUCAACGCUGUUGCUAGGCAACAUGAUUAUUAAUCAGGUAUUACUCAAUCUGAAGGAUCAUCUGAUGGCCAGCAAGGGGCGCUGUGAGGAAUAAACAGAUACGCUUUCUGAACUUCCUGAUGGUUUUGGUGUGAAAUCGACCAAACAGCUUCUAAUCGUUCUACUGUGUUCUCCUCUGUAAAAACAAUACAUCUGAUCUACACAUUCUAACUUCCUGUGAAUGUUCUGUGCUCAGACAGUUUGUUUUUUUUAUAUUUCUAGUUGUUCCAGUGUUUCUCUUUAUUUACGGUUUAAAUCUCACUUUAUAAUUUUAUUGGUUGGGUGUUGAAUAAACCUGGAUUAAACUUUAAUAAAACCUGAAUAAAACCA